UAUUUAUGUUAAACUCUUAAAAGUCAAAGGAUUGGGCUUGCGUUCUGGAAGAGAAGCCCAAAAUGAGUGAUGUAGACUGUAGAGGAGGGAGAGGGAGGGAGGGAGUGAAGUGAUUUUGAAGUCCCAGAAAUACAGGCUGAGAAAACGCCAUUCCAUCCUUUCUUGUCUCUCCAUCCACUCUCUCUCUCUCUCUCUCUCUCUCUCUCUCUACUUGACUCGCUACUUUCUUUUCUCCUCGAUUGCAUAUCGAAAUUCACCCAUUGAUCCUCCUCAUAGAUCCAAAAUGUGUGCCUUCGUAAUGUAAUCUGAGGCACCACAAAUUUGAUUUCAGAUGGGAACCGUCGGUAGCAAAGCUUCUGCGUCUGCUUCUUCUUCUUCCUCUUCGUCGUCGUCUUCCUCCGGUGCUCGAAGGGUUCGAUCUAAAGCGCACAGAGUAUUACACUCCUCCUGCCUCGGUACCACGUCGCGAUCUCACGACAGCGACAAUGACGAUCAGGUUUGUGAUCAUCAGAACAAAGAAAAUGGUUCCACGAACAACCUUAGUGGGAGUGGGAUAGAGUCAAAUCAAUCCAAAAUUGAGUGUUACAGAAAGGUUAAGGUUGGGCGGUCUGGUGAAAUACCAUGUAUAUCUUCAAAUGCUAAUACUUCUGCUUCUACAAACGGUAGUAGCUCCGCUCCAGCAUCUUCUAUUACCCAAAACCUAUCAAGUCGUUUUCUUUCUCGUUUUAGUUUCAUUCCUGGAAAUAUGAGCUUCAGGCUGAGCAGGGCCAACAGUUUAGGAUCAUCCAGGUCUUAUCCUGUAUCUUCCACAAGUCUUGGAUUGAUGAACAAUGAAGAGGACGCUCAUCUACCUAGGGGUUCUCCCAAUGUUGUUGUUGUUGAUACUGAUCAAAAUCAGCAAGGUACGCCAACACUUUGUUGUCAAGACACUUCAAGUAGUUUACAUUUGAAUACUCAACCUGGUUUUUCUGAAAACCUAGGAGAUGACCGAACAACUUCUUUUACCGAAGAUAAUGCCAUGAAUACUAGCAGUAGCGGUUCAAUAGUGGGGGCUGAUUUAAACUUGUGCUCGCCUAGAAAUCAUUCUGAAAUGGAUAGUGCUGGAAUAAGACUGUCUGAUAGACAUGCUGUAGCUCGAGAACCUAUCGAGAGAAAUGUUCGGUUCAGCAGAACUCUAAGUGUCGGAAGACUUCGUGAUAGAGUUCUUCGUCGAUCAUCAUUAUCUGACAUAUCCUUUUGUCCUGUACAACAAGUAGGAGAAGAUAGAGAUACCAAUUCUGGUAGUGGGAUGCGGGCUUGGGGGGAUCAAAAUAGGACAUUGGCAUCUGAAAGUACUUCUGCAGUCUCCCCAAAUGCCUCUGGUUAUUCUUCAUCCAAUCUGUCAAGCUCAUUGUUCAGCAUCCAAGAUUAUGAGGUGGAAACAUCUCGGGCAAGAGAAGCCAGGUAUCGUGAUCUUUUGGAGCAUAGAUCAAAUUUCCUUGAAAGGAGGAGAAGAAUACGAUCACAGGUCCGUGCUCUUCAGCGAUUGGGGAGUCGUUUUGAAAACCUUUCUAGACAUGAGAGGUCAUGUAUCAUGUCUGGUCAACAUAGAACUGGGCGUUGUACAUGUCGGUCUACCAACCGGGAUGAACAUCUAAAUGAUGACACAAGUGCCAGGGCUAGCAUAUCCAGAAUUGUCAUGUUGGCUGAGGCAUUGUUUGAGGUUCUGGAUGAAAUUCACCAGCAAUCUGUGGUUUUAUCCUCCCGACCUUCUGUAUCUUCAAUUGGAUCUGUUCCCGCACCUAAUGAAGUUGUCGAAUCUUUGCCUGUGAAGUUGUAUACCAAGUUGCACAAACACCAAAGUGAGGAAGUUGCUCAAUGUUACAUAUGCCUUGUGGAGUACGAGGAAGGUGACAGAAUGAGGAUAUUGCCUUGUCAACAUGAUUUCCAUAAAACAUGUGUUGACAAAUGGUUAAAGGAGAUUCACAGGGUGUGUCCACUUUGCCGAGGUGAUAUAUGCAGAUCCAAUUCAUUACCUGCAGAAAACUAAGAUGGGCAGGAUUUGCCUUUCCAAUGACCAAGGCAUAAUUUAGAAAUGACAAACAUCUCUUCUUUGUAUAUGAUGCUCUAGAAGUUCAGUCCGUUUCUUCUAGUGUUUUCUUCAAUUCUUUUGAUCCUGCCUUGAUUUAUGUUGGUAGAAAUGGACUGAACUACUGGAAAGUUGAUUGAGAGAGAGCUUUUUCAAGUUAUGACGACGAAGAUGUUGUGAAUAUGAUGAGCCUCCCCAAAAAUAGUUCUAUUUUGUAUCACUUAAGAUAGCCAGGCCAGUAUUUUCCAUUGAAAAAGAACCUUCUGUGGCAAAGCAUUGCUAAACACUUGGCAUUUUGUAAAUUGAGGAGGAAGACUCCCCUUAAUAGAAAGGUGUUGACCGUCCUAAGUUGAAAGUUGAAAGUGGAAACAGCUGAGCCAAUAUUUUAAGUGUAUGGAAAAGCAAUUUGGUUUUUUUCCCCUCGA